CACGGCAAAGCUGUCCGGCACAGGACAUAGGAGAACGCAAUAAAUUGAAGACCUCACAUAGGUGGGCACAUUAAGCAGCAAGUGGUGUAUGCUCGCGAAGCUCCACUGUAAACGUGCUCCCCCGACGCGAGUAAAACAAAGUUGAGCCUAUUCAGAGACUUGUAACAUGUAGUGGCUGCCGUGUGGUGGCUAGCGCAAAAGGGAUCUGGACUCCACAAAAAAUGCACAUCCGCCUGUGGUCGGGACGACGCCUGCAUACGUACCUGAAAAUAGGCACCUUUGUGUUGGUGGGCGUCUGUUACUUUGCCUUUCUGUUCCGGGAGUCGCUGAAUGCGUUCGAGCAUCGGGAACGCGCUACAACCGCUGACUUGGAGGCAUCCGAGGCAUACGCCGAGCCGUCGAAACAGCAGCUGAAGCUCAAGCGCCAACAGCUCCAUCGCCAACGUGCUCUUGCCCAGCAGCGCCUCAGAGCCAGCCAGCAAGCAAAUGGCAGCUCCGCAAUGGCCGAGGAGGUGCAAAACGUCGUCUCGGCAAGCACCUUGAAUCCCGUCUACGAGUACUCCGAGGAGCUGCACAGCCGCACUGAGCGCGAAUUAAAGCUGCGGCGCGAUCACUUGGCAACUGUCUGUGAGCGAUACAAGCUUCAAGAAAAGUACCCACCGAAUCCAUGGGAAUUCUUCAUUUCGCCUGGCCAUAACAACCUGGUGUGGUGCAAUGUAUUCAAGGCAGCCAGCAGCACGUGGAUGUACUACUUCAAUAUACUGGCGGGCUACGAUCUGAAGUAUCUGCAGCGAACGGAGGUUCAGCCCCUGGAAUUGGCCCGUCAACGUUUCCCCCGCCCUGAGCUAUCCGAGUUGGUGGAGCUGCUGCCAAGCGCGUUGUCUUUUCUGUUUGUGCGCGAUCCCUUCGAGCGCAUCCUUAGCGCCUAUCGCAACAAACUGGAGGGCAAUCGCAACAGUUUCUACAGAGCGCUUGGCACCAAGAUCGUUCAUCGCUACCGUCGCCGCGGCAUGAACGUGGUGUUCCCCCGUUGUGGACCCACCUUUGAGGAGUUUGUGCGCUUUCUCAUUCAGGAGCAUGCGGCGGGCAAUCGCUUCGACGAGCACUGGGCUCCCGUCUACAGUUUCUGUACGCCAUGCAGCGUCAACUUUACGAUCAUCGGGAAGACGGAGACAUUUCAGCGCGACUCCGAGUUUAUCAUAAGGCAGGCGGGAUUGGAGUCGCUGCUGUUGGGAAAGCUGCCACGGCGCAAGCUGCGCAAAAUCGGAAAUCAGGCACGCAGCGGUGUCAAGUCAGAGGAACUGAUCGAGCGCUACUUUGCCGAACUCGAUCGACCAACAUUGGACCAAUUGCUCAAUAUAUACCGCAUCGACUUCGAGCUCUUCGACUACGACUAUCUCAAGUAUUACAAUAUGGUGCACUCGUGGGGCUUGGAGCAGAGUACAGCCACAGCGAAGAGUGGCCCACGAGCUGGCACCGAAACUCAGAUAACAACAGCGGCGACCACAUCUCUAAGAACAGCUGCGGCUCCAGCAGACUGAACAGAGAUCUAGGCAGUCAGCCAAGCCAGAAAUAUAGAAAUAUAUAUAGCUCAUAUUCGCGAAAAGAAUCUUAUUUAUGUACCUUUUACACAGCGAAGGAUCAGACCGUGCAGAGAAACCGUAACCCAACCGAAACUAUAUGUAAAAUGUAUUUAUUCUCCCACUGAGCAAGGCCAAAUCAAUGUUUUCCAACAACAACCAAACGAAUCACAACACUUUUCGACCUCUCUUGGGCAAUGCCAAUGCAAGGAAAGCAAAAACCAAAUGUAGAUAGAAUGACUAAUUUUUAUGCAUUUUUCAGCAGUCUUCAAACACCCACACACACGCCACACAUGACAUGGAGUGUUGCACCUUUUUAGGUGCACUACUCAAUCGAUCUAGACACUUCUUAUAGUUAGUACAAAGUACAAUUUACAGUUAAUAUUCGAACUUCUCACACAUAUUGUUUACCUUUAAAAAAACACCGACCUCUAUACGAAUAUCUCGCCUGCUGUUUUUGAAAACGAACAAUUUUAUG